AGCAACUGCUACAAGUCAAGUCUCUGCUCCAAACUGCGGGUAUUUGGCCUGGACCCCCGAGUUGUGGAUCUGUGGGACCCCCCGGCUGUUUCUAUGGAGCUCUUGCCCCCAGCACUCAGGGACAUGGAGGAGACCGAGGGAUCUCUCUGCGCCUUCCCGACCCCCGACCACUUCUAUGACGACCCCUGUUUCAAUUCGUCCGACAUGAGUUUCUUUGAAGAGCUGGAGCCCAGGCUGGUGCACGUGACUCUGCUGAAGCCGGAGGGCCCCCGGCACGAGGAGGAGGAGGAGGAGGAGCACGUGAGGGCCCCCAGUGGGCACCAUCAGGCGGGCAGGUGCUUGUUGUGGGCGUGUAAAGCCUGUAAGAGGAAGAGCAGCGGCGCAGACAGGAGGAGGGCCGCCACCAUGAGGGAGAGGAGGAGGCUCAGUAAAGUCAAUGACGCCUUUGAGACCCUCAAGCGAUGCACCUCGACCAACCCCAACCAGAGACUCCCCAAAGUGGACAUUUUGCGCAACGCGAUUAGUUACAUCGACAGUCUCCAAACUCUGCUCCGAGACCAGGAACAGUCUCUGUACCCCAAUAUGGAACAUUAUAGUGGGGACUCCGAUGCCUCCAGCCCCAGUUCCAACUGCUCCGACGGCAUGAACAGCCCCCCCUGCAGCUCCAGGAGAAGAAACAGCUACGACAGCAACUUCUACACUGACAGCCCCAAUGACGUGAGACUUGGGAAGAGCUCAAUGAUCUCCAGCCUCGACUGUCUCUCCAGCAUCGUAGAGCGAAUCUCCACCCAAAGCCCCAGCUGCCCCGCCCCCAUCUCUGUGGAUAGUGGAUCCGAGGGCAGUCCCUGUUCUCCUCUGCAGGGGGAGACACUGAGCGACAGAGGAAUCCCCAUCUCUUCUCCCGGCAAUUCCUGCACUCAACUGUCCCACGACCCCAGCAGCAACAUCUACCAGAUCUUAUAGGCCUCAGUCUGCCCCCUAUUGGUCACUUGUUUCCAUCAACUGGAUUCUCUCCUAAUUCCUUCCCAAUCCAUCAACUUCCCCUUUAUUUAUUGGUUUGUUCCAGCCAGAGGUUUCUGACAUAUUUCCCCUGUAAAUAACCGAACCCCUCCCAAUAUCCAAUCAGACUGAGGCUGGUGGUGAAGGACAGACCAUUCUGGAUCCUUAGGGGUUACAUGACCCCCCAAUGUUGUGUUGAAUACGGACAAUGGGGAAAUUCCCCCCUGAGGCCAAAGGAAACUUUAGGACCAUUUUUUAUAAGAUUUUUUAUAGAUUUGUAAAUAAGAAGCGAUUGUGCGAGAAAUGAGUCUUAUUUAUGUGCUUGUUGUGUUGUGCCAGAUGCUCCUUUAUAUAUUUAUACUGCGGGAAUAUUCUAAAUAAAGAACCUUAUUUAUAAA